AUGAACAACAGCACGGAGUGCCUGCCCCAGGAGAUGCACCCUGCCAUCCCUGUCCUGGCGACCCUGCUCCUCCUGGCCUGUGUCCCCCUGAAUGGCUUGAGCUUCUGGGUAUUCUGCUUCCGCAUCAAGAAGUGGGAUUCAGGCAUGAUCCUCCAGUUCAGCCUGGUCUUGGGAGAUGUUCUGAUCAUCCCUGCUGCUCCAUUCAGGAUUGCCUAUUUCAGUCUGGGCAACAAGUGGCCAUUUGGGCAGUUUAUCUGCCAGCUAGAAGUGUUCCUGAGUGCUGUGCACAUGUACAGCAGCAUCUAUUUCCUGAUGCUCAUCUGCAUCCACCGCUACUUUGUUGUUGUGAGGUACAAGAACAAGUCCCUUUGGAAGAAGAGGACCUUCCUGAGUAAGCUGUCCUUGUUUGUGUGGCUUGUCAUCUUUGUCCAGGGGCUGCCUUUCUUCUUCCUCCUCAAGACUUUACCUGUCAAUGGCUCCCCAAGAUGCCUGAAUAUUCAUCAGUCAGAUUUGGUCUCUCUCUACUUCUUCUACAACCUGGUUAUGAGUAUAUUCUUUUUCCUUCUCCCUUUUGCAAUUUCCUUGGCCUUUGGUGCUCUUUUGGGAGCUGCCAUUACUAAAGUAGCAAAUAAAAGCACCAGAGGCAAGAAGAUGAAGGAAAGGUCCUUACAGAUGAUAACGGUAUCUCUGCUGAUUUUUGCCGUCUGCUUUGGGCCUCUGCACAUCUGCAGGACCGUCGGCACAAUUGUGAAGUACUACAGCAUGUCUUGCAAGUUGUUGCACCAAGUGGAAGUCACCUACUAUGUCUGCUGGGUUUUCACUAUGGCAAACACCUGUCUGGAUCCCCUGAUCUAUGUUUUUGCAAAUGAGAAGUUUAAGAAGAGCUUUCUUGACUCCCUCCGCAAACGCUGGGGCACAAAGCGUGAAACAUCUGGGAGCCAUUCAAGGCCUUUCCAGGGAAUCCUGCAGGGCAACUGUUUAUUCUAA